CAGUAUUCUCCUGAACGCUGAUAAGUACGGUCGCGAAUAGAGGUGUUUCCGCGUUCGGUUGGUCAACUCAAUUUUGUGUGUUGGUGACUCUGUGUGUGUAUGUACGUGCGUGCGUGCUAAAUCGGGGAUUUUUUUGGUCGUUCGGUGCAAAGCCAGUAAGGCUCGUAUUACCCCACCCGAGCGUUCCCGGUCUGAGUCGGACGGACGAAACAGACGAACGUCAGAACUCGUUAAUGAAUUUUGAGUGAUAAGGUCAGAGACCAGCGGAGUAACGACCACCGCAACACAAGAAGAAAAUAAAAAUUAAACAAAAAAGUCCAGUUGAUAUCACUCGAUCGCGCAGUGAUUCUUCGAAAAAAAAAAAAACAGCGAAAAAAAAAGGAUAUUGUGAUCAAAGUAACCGCCGACGGUGCAAAAUUUAAAUUUAUUAAGUAUCAUUUAUUAAUUGACUCGAUUUAAGCGCGUAAAACGAAGGAAAAAAAAUCUAACAAAGUGAGCGGUUGCGGUAACGGUAGUGUGGCAGCAAGAGAGCAGCUCAGUGUUUGUAUGUUUUACGAGGUUGCACUUUUUAUUGCCACCGAUCGAGUAGAACCGCGUCGUUAUACGUUUACGUACGGUUGUCGUCUCUUGGUGUGGGUAAGUGGUGCCGGUAUUUGCCCAUAAGUUCCUCCUGGUGCACAAGUCGAGCGAGAACAGAGAAGGAGUAAAACACGAACGACGUCGACAGCGACGACGCGGGUGAAGUGCUAAAAGUGACGACGUGACUUUUCAAGUCACACAGCGAGCGAUUAAAUUUACAUAAUUGGCAGAAUAGAGAAGGAGGAGAGUACAGCACACAGGAAACUGCACGGAAAGGUCUCGCAGCAGUCCCCGAGGUUGCUGCUGCUGGUUUCUUCGUUCCGCCUGUCCACCAAAACCCAAAUCCACUGCACGGCGCGGUUGGGAUUAGGCUCCCUCGGUGUUGCUCUUUUUUUUUCGGCUGGAAGGAUAAAUUCGCUGCUCCUGUUCUGGGAAACUUCCGCCCAGCGUUUCACGCUGAACUGAAAGAUGUCGCUGUGGGCACGCGUCAACCAAUUGCCACAGCCAGUCCUUGAGCAGAUCCGGUACAUCUAUGGUAACAACUUUCCGAUCGAGGUGCGCCACUACCUCGCGGAAUGGAUUGAGGAUCGUCUGCUCAAUGUUCCUGCCUACCAGCACGACCAGGACAGCAGCUGCGAGCAGGAUGCGGCCAGUUUCCUGAAUCAGUUGAUUAACGAGCUGGAACGGACUGCCAUAAAUCUGCCCGAGGAUAACGUGACCGGACGCAUUCGGUUGAACGAAUCGGCGCGCAAUUUUCGCCAGCUGUUUUCGCACAACCCAGCCCAGCUGUACCUGCAUCUAAUCAAUUGUCUCCAGCGAGAACGGCAAUGCAUAGCCUAUCCGGAGGAGUGUGUCAACGUGCAGGACCCGGAGAUAAUUGAGGUCAUCAAUGGGCUGCAGGAGCUGCAGCGUAUGGUGCUAGAAAAUGGCAAUGACAAUCGUAAUCUGGUUAAAGAUUACGAACAUCUUCUGCUGGAGAUUCAUGAAAUAACCAAGAAUAAGGCACAGCUGGAGGCGAUUGAGAGUCCGCAAAUACGAGAGCAUACGCGCACCACCCUAGCGCAGCAGGAACGACAAGUCAACGAAACGGUCAACCACAUUACCGGCAAUCGGCUUAAUUUGGUGAACAAGUUCCGCCGCACCAUACAACUUACGUCGCAAGUACAGGACAAAGUUCUCCACAAGUACCUAACACAGUGGAAAAUAAAUCAGGGCUUCGCCGGAAACGGUGCCUCCGGUAUGAACGCCAGCAAUCUGGACACGAUUCAGGCCUGGUGCGAAAGUUUGGCGGAAAUCAUCUGGAACACGAAGGAUCAAAUCCGGCUAGCGAUGAAGAACAAAUCGAAGCUCAACAUCGAGGAGACGAACCUGCCCGAUUAUCUGCCCCAGCAGCUGGUGGAUGUGACCAAUCUGCUGAAGACGCUGAUCACGACCACCUUCAUCAUCGAGAAGCAGCCUCCGCAGGUGAUGAAAACCAACACACGGUUCGCGGCAACCGUGCGGCUGCUGAUCGGCAACACGCUCAACAUCCGGAUGAGCAAUCCGUUGGUGCGUGUUUCAAUCAUUUCAGGUACGAGCUAUAACGCUAAGGCCCAGGCUCAAGCGACGCAGCAAUCCAACAAGGCCUCGGAGCAAUCGUGCGGGGAGAUAAUGAACAAUACAGGAAAUUUAGAGUACAACGAAACUACUAAGCAGUUAUCAGUUAGUUUUAGAAAUAUGCAACUUAAGAAAAUCAAGCGGGCGGAGAAAAAAGGCACGGAAAGUGUGAUGGACGAAAAGUUCGCCCUGCUAUUCCAGUCCAGCUUCGCCGUAGGCCAUGGCGAUUUAGUCUUCUCGGUCUGGACGAUCUCACUGCCGGUGGUCGUUAUCGUGCACGGCAAUCAGGAACCGCAGUCCUGGGCUACCAUCACGUGGGACAAUGCGUUCGCGGACAUCAAUCGGGUUCCGUUUCAGGUACCGGACAAGGUAUCCUGGAACCUGCUGGCGGAGGCGCUAAACACCAAGUUCCGCGCCUCGACCGGCCGACAGAUGACACCGGAGAAUAUGCAUUUCCUGUGCGAGAAAGCUUUCCGCGCUAGCCUCCAGUAUCCGGUUUCGAACGAUCUGACCAUCACGUGGUCGCAGUUCUGCAAGGAACCGCUACCCGAACGGACCUUCACCUUCUGGGAGUGGUUCUACGCGGCAAUGAAGGUAACCCGGGAGCAUUUGCGUGGCCCCUGGAAUGAUGGCAGCAUUAUUGGUUUCAUUCACAAAUCGAAAGCAGAGGAUUAUCUGCUUAAGUGUCCACGCGGUACGUUCCUGUUGCGCUUUUCAGACAGCGAAUUGGGUGGCAUUACAAUCGCUUGGGUUAACGAGAGCAACGACGGUCAGCCGCAGAUUCUGCACAUUCAGCCAUUCACGGCGAAGGACUUCGCGACCCGCUCGCUGUCGGAUCGCAUCCGCGACUUCGAGGACCUAUUUUAUCUGUACCCGAACAAACCGAAAAAUGAGGCUUUCGAUCGGUACACGACACCGCCCGGGCAGCCACGCAACCGCAACUACAUCCCGUCGGAGGUGCGUGCCGUGCUGAUGCCCAGCCCCAAUAACAACAAUCCGAUCAGCUAUCCGAAUACACCGAACUCGUAUAACCACCUGCAGUCGCCGGACACUUCGCGGGAUACGCCUACCAGCGGAAUCUCGGAGGUGACAUAUCGCCGUCAUCCCGAACCCCGCCCGACGGUUCUCGGUGAGUUCCGCUAUGCCAUGUCACUGGAUGGCAACUGCAGCAGCGACAGCAGUCCGGCGUACAGUGGAGGAAACGUGUACGCCUGUGUUGGAUCUCCAGCCACGUCGGAUACAUCGCCCCAGGGGCCGGCGCAGAAAUUUCCCCGUGUCACGAGUCCACUGCAGCCGCCGGUACAGCAGCUACCAGCCAGUGUGGAUCAAUUCAACAACGGACCACCCGUCGUUGACGGUGAUCAACCGAUGGAAGAUGGAAGAUCGUCACAAACCAACUCGUUAACUCUGCGGACGUCGGCCAACGAUGAAGUGAUUCAAAAGCUGGUGGAAUCCAUGUUGGCUGAUUACCAGGGCGGUCCGGUUGAUGAGUGCACCAUCGAUCAGUUGAACAACAAUUGCUUUAGUAGUAGCGCUUCCGCAACCAAUGGAAUGUAGGCAACUGAGUGUGAGAGAGAGGGUUUUGCUAUGUUGUUUUGGAGCGUAAAUUAAAUUACAUAAAUAGUAUAGUUAGACAGUGAGUAACCUAAAAUCAAGGUGCCCAAGAGCCCCACUAAGUCGAUUUAUCCUGCCUUGUUGUGAAUUCCUAGCAGGAACUUAGGUAACAUUGAUUUUUUACAGAAUGGUAUACGAAAUAAUAAGGCAAGAAUAUCGCCAAAUCGCUCAAUCGGCGUUUUUCAAUGCGCAGUCGAAAAAUGUAUGCAAAUACAGUUCCUUUCGUUUUUAAUAGUUUGAUAGGAUUUUAUUUGGAACUUUUUUUGAUCACUGUUAAGUUUCCUUUUCUGUUGUGUUUAUAAUGUAAUAAAUAUUUUUUGAAGUCCUUAUUUUUUCGUUUGAUUAUUCGGUGUCGAAUUGACGCGCAAGCAGUAUUAGGCUCGUUUCCAAUCAGGGCGCUCUUCAGUGUGAAUGCGAACGGCUCCAAUUCGAUACCGUUUAUUGGGUGAAUUAUAGAGGUUUUCUGUAUGCUGUAAAGAAUUACUAGGAUGGAACUUAAAACUUUUUCGUCCCCACUGAUAUUGGAACCGAUAAGAAGCUCAAUUGCAAGUUUUGCUCCAGAUGGUAAUUAUUCAGUGUUGAGAAGAAGCUUUUUUUUUGGAUUUCUUAAGAACUAUUAUCGCAGUUCUCAGUAAAAUUUUGGAUUAUUUUUUAAUCUCUUCUCUUUUAGCCUUUAUAUCGUUUUAUUUUUCUAAAAUUCUGAGCUCAGUUUAAAACAUUUUUCCUCUGGCCUUUUACGCAUAUACAAGCAUCUUUCAAAAUUAUUUUUCUAUCAGUGGUAUUUUCCGACAUUUAGUGACGAAUUCUCACAACUCUGAGUUCAUUUGGGGAUCCAUUUCUUUUGUGAUCUUUGUAACGGUCGCAUAUAUCAAAUUGCUCCACCGUUAAAACUAUUAAUUGUUCAUGUGUUUUCCGUGACCUCCGGUUUUUUAUGCCUUUAAUAAUCAAUAUUGGACUUUUCUCUAACUUUUGCGCGAGCUUUCACCUAUUAUUGGUUUUCAUAUCUUUGAAACAACCGACCAAGGAUGGUGGAUUUUUGGUUUUUCCUUUUAAACGAUUUUAAAAAACUUCAGUUGGGCUUGAAUACGAAGAACUUGCAGGUAAAGCUUUUUUCCAAAACUCAGAUGGCCGCAGCACCCCCCGGGAUUCCGCUUUUGACCACUUGAAUGUUACCUUACUGAAAUACAAUUUUAGACACAAUUGAACACUGUUUUAUAUAGCUAAUAAACAUAGUUGAAUCUUUAGCCAAUUUUACCCCAGAACUAGAAAAAAAACAAGAGCUUCUACCGAUAUUUCAUAUAGAUAGAUAAAAACCCUGAAAUCUUAUAAAAUAGGUGAUAAAAGUUUGCUGCUCAAUGGUGAAACGAAACGAAUGGUGAAAAAUAAAAAAACAAACAAUGAAAUCUAAAUGUGAUGUGUAUUUAUAACUCAAAAGUUACAAAAAAGCUGUAUCCUUUUCUGUUUAAUGUUGUGCGAAACAACAAAAAAAAAAACACUAGAUGUUGCAAUCCCGGUUGGGGUUUUUUUUCCUCACAAAAAAAACACGUGAUUUAACAGGUUGUUUACUUAAAAAAAAUGAAAUAGACAAACUGGGAAUAUAUGAAUACGUCCCGUCCCGUCGACUUACAGCAGAUUUUUACUAGAUGUUUUGUUAUCAUUAUCUGUUUUCUGUGUUGAAAUAUUGACCAAAAAAUCUGUUGAUAUUGUGUACUGCAUGCAUAUAUAUUUUUUUGUGUCCUGAAAAAUUUCCGAUAAAAAUUGACAAAAAAAUAUUCCUGUUCAUCCUUGUGUGUAUUUUCGAGCACGCCACUGAACUCCGCCUCACAUCUCUAAUUCGUGGUAAUUCAAUACACUGUAAAAAGAGUUUUUCAUGCCAUUUAGAAUUUUAUGAUGACCGUUAUAAUAUUAUUUUUAUAAGUUUUCACCUAAUUUUUAACGGUUUUUAUAAAUUUUUGGAGACCUGCAUUACUUUUUUAAAGUUAUUGCCAGACUUUUAAAUAACACUUUGUUGAUGUUCAUUUCUGCUGCCAUGCCAUCAGCUUUCAACCGCUGAAUGUUGAAUGUUCAACAACCGUGCGCGGAUCUUACAAACGACGAGAUAAUGGUCAGAGUCAAUGUUUGGUCCCCGAAAAGACCUAACAUCAGUAACAUCCGAAAAGUGCCGACCGUCAAUCAGUACGUGAUCGAUCUGGGAGCAGGCUUCUCCAUUUGGAUGCCUCCAGGUGUGUUUCCGAAUAUUCAAACGUGGAAAAUAGGAGUUACAUAUGGCCAUUCCUCUGGCCGCGGCAAAGUUUAUCAGCCUCAGGCCGUUUUCAUUGGUUGACGAGUGGAGGCUAUGCCUUCCAAUGACCGGACGGAAGAAUUCCUCCCUCCCAACCUGUGCGUUUGCGUCUCCGAUGACGACUUUUACGUCGUGUUUUGGGCACUCGUCAUAGAUUCGCCCAAGGUUGUCAUAGAACUCAUCUUUGACUUAAUCGGAUUUGUCGUUUGUCGGUGCGUAGGUGUUGAUUAAACUGUAGUUGAAAAAUUUGCCCUUAAUCCUCAACACGCAUAAACGGUCAUCUACAGGCCUCCACCGGAUGACUCUUUUCUGAUUUCCCAGCACUACGAAACCGACGCCCCGUUCCGCUGCUUUGCCGCCACUGUAGUAGAUAUGAUACUUGAAAGAAGUGCGUGCAAUAGGGUCUACUGCACGGAAUUCGCUCUCUCCGGAAUUUGGCCACCGAACCUCCUGAAUCGCUGCGAUUUCGACUCCCUGCCGCUGUAGUUCUCGAGCAAGCAAGCCAAUCCGCGCCGCUUCAUUGAGAGAUCGGACAUUCCAAGUACCCAAUUUCCAAUCGUUUACCUUAAUCUUUUUCCGUGUUCGCAGCUUAGGUCUUUGCCGAUUGAUCCGUUCCGUAUUUCUAAAUUCGUUGUUCGUGGUUGAAGAAAGGUUUCGGUAUGCUACCUUACCAGAGUCGCGAUACCUACAUCCUGCUGAUGGGGCUGCCAUCUUAGUUUAGCUGGCGGGAUACAGCAUUCCAUAAUUCAGCCGCCCGCUCCGGGUCGCUGCCCCUAUGGGGAUACAGCCGCGUACGACCCCCUUCCCAGUCAGCAUACGACCAUAGUUUCCACCGGGGGUUAGUUACCCGAUCCCCGCUAAGGUUACUCGCAUUCCGGUUGGCACUACGUGGAGGUUGGGAUAGGGGUUGCUGGACAGAGGUGAAUGGCCGCAUUAGGGUCUCAAGUUACACGUGUCCAGCCAUUUGCCAACCCUUCCGGAAUGCAUAAAAAAGCAAAGCCUUGGUGCUACAUUCCGAUUCGGAACUCGACCUUCUGUUUAUUAUACACAGGCUUCGCAGCCAACUGUUAAGUGUACAGGACAAUUGCGGGGCUAGCGCUACGAUCCUACUGACGACGACUGACUUGGUAGGCCAGCAUCGUACCUCGAGACCAGCUGGGAAUGCAUACUGGUGUUUAUUUAAAAGCUUGUUGGUCUCCAGUGGAUGUACUAAGCGAUUGUUUACCAUGCGCUCUAGGACGUUCCCUAUGGAAAAGUUGGGCGAUAUUUACGUGGGUUUGAGCGUUCUCCUUUUCGGUAAAUAAGUUGACUAUCAUUCCGUAACGUACUCUAUCCAGUCCAGGUGACGAACCCAGCAGGUCUUCGAGCGCUUCUGCGGUAUCUUCUGCGUCGAUUAUUAGUUCUGUGUUUCGAAUACCUACGUUGACUAUUAUAGGUUCAAUCGGAGGGCCUGCUUUUACAGUGAUGACCUCUGAUAUUGUUUCACUUUCGAUUUCUUCACUUUGUACUUUGCGUGUUCCUUACAGGCGUGUAAUUCUUCGAUCAACAACUACGCCUUGCUCUUCCAAGUCACAUUUUGAGUCCCGUUCCGACAUUUCUACUACUCUUGGACAUUCAUUCAAGUGCGGGUGGAGAGUGGCUACAACUUCAGUACCAUCCGUCUUCCGUGGUCGCCAACUCGACGGGUUACUUCGAUAGAUUUCCCAAUUAUAAGAGGGUUUGGGAGGCUAGCUUCUACACCGUGCGUAGACAUUUGCAGGUUAAUAGGGUCCUCAUAAUUUCCAAGUUUGCGUUUUUUUUGCGUGCAUUUUCGUUAUAUUGGUUAUUGUUCUCGUAUGGGAGGUCUAGGAGAGGAAAGCCUAGGCUAGUAACGUCUUCCCUACAAGCUCAGGAAUUGGCCGGCACCAUAUUCAGUGAGUCGAAGAUCGAAUGGGCAAUUGAUUCAUUUCAGCCUUACAAAUCCCCGGGGAUGGAUGGAAUAUUGCCAAUUAUGCUCCAAAAGAAUAAACCGCUAGCUAUUCCACUCAUCACCGAGAUUUGUCGCGCUAGUCUAACACUAAAUUACAUACCGACGAGCUGGAGGCAAACCAAAGUUAUAUUUAUUCCAAAGGGCGGAAGACGCGAUAAAACACUUCCAAAAGCCUUCAGACCAAUCAGUUUAACAUACAUAUUCUUGAAAACUAUGGAAAAAACUGAUUGAUUAUCAAAUAAAAACCGUUCACAAGACGGUUAAUCCCUUGAAUAAACUUCAAUUUGCUUAUCAAAACAACAAAUCUACCAUAGACGCGUAACAUUUGCUGGUUAGCAAAAUCGAGAAGACUUUCGAAACAAAAGAAAUUGCACUGGCUACAUUUCUUGACAUCGAAGGAGCAUUUGAUAAUGCCUCCCAUCUCUCAAUGCGAAAAGCUAUGAGCAAGCACGGCAUCGAUGACAUUUUAGUAAAUUGGAUUCAAGCUAUGCUUAAACAUCUGGAAAUCAUCGCCCACUUAGGGGGUGUAUGCCAAAAGAGAAAAACAACUAAAGGAUGUCCGCAAGGAGGUAUUCUCUCACCUUUGCUUUGGUCAUUAGUCGUUGACGACCUUUUAAUAAACAUGACUGAAAGGGGCUUUGAGGUGAUCGGUUUUGCUGACGAUACAGUAGUUAUUGUCAGAGGAAAAUUUGAUUGCGUUAUAUCCAACCGUAUGCACUGAAAUGGUGCAGGACAGAGGGUUUAUCUAUAAAUCCUUCGAAAUCAACUAUUAUUCCAUUCACACGAAGGAGGAAAUACACAAUUAAGAAAUUACGGCUCGAUGCCACUGAUCUGAACACAUCCACUGAAACUUAGUUUCUAGGAAUAUGGCUUGAUCAUAAAUUAAACUGGAACACACACAUUGAAAAUGCAAUCAAGAAGGCAACUAGCGCUCUGUGGGUGUGUAGCAGAACCAUUGGUAAAAACUGGGGUUUAAAACCCAGGAUGAUACACUGGUUAUAUCAAAAAAUAAUUAUACCAAGAUCAAAACUAAUGAAACGGCCGCUCAAACAAGCUUGCGUAUCAAUUUGCGUAGUAAUUUGAGAAGUACUCCGACGAAAUCUUUGGAAGCAAUUUGUCAUUUCCUUCCACUUUAUCAAACGGUGCAACUGGAGGCGGUAAAGAGUGCCCUAAGGCUGAACCGUCACAAAAACUUUCUAGACGAAAAUCUAACAGGUCACAUCGAAAUACUGAAAAAUUUUCAUAUAAACGAACUCUUAGUGAGAAACGAAGGCUGGCUGGAAAAUUAGCCAAAUUUCGACACUCCCUAUAAAAUCAUUGAGAUCGAACGGGAAUCUUGGGAAAGCAGUUCGACAGGGCUCAAUAAUCUUUUACACCGAUGGUUCAAAAAUGAAUAAAGCCACCGGAGCUGGCAUCACCGGGCCAGGAAUGAAUGAAUUUAUCUCUAAGGAAACUGGCCAACAGUUUUUCAAGCUGAAAUAUACGCAAUCAUGGAUUGUGCAUACAUCUGUCUAAAGAGAAUUCACAGACACGCAAAUAUCUGUAUCUAGCAAAUCAAAACUAGUGUGGGAAUGCAUUCUUUCAGGCAGCUAGCACAAAAAAAAACAGGUUUUACUAUACUGGGUACCAGGACACUGCGGAAUUGAAGGCAAUAAAAAAGUCGACUCACCAGCAAGACACGGCUCUUCUGAAAAUUUUAUAGGACCAGAACCCUUCUGUGGCGUCUCAUCAAGAGCUUUAAAAAUAGAACUAGAUGAGUGGGAGAGGAUGGUUAAGUUGCUUGAUUAGUUCUCGAUUUAUGCAGAAAUUUGUGUUUCAUUUGUAUGGGAGCCUUUCAGAGGAGGCAGGGGUCUUAAACUAUCAUAAGAACCAUCCCCGAAGCCCCAAAGCUCUACGUAAAAAUUUUCUGCUCUUGAGCUUUUUGUAAAGAUUUGGAUUAUUUUGAUUCAGUAUUCGAUCAGUUUCGGAUUAUUUACAAGCUAGUUAUAGAUGACUUCGGUCGUUUUUUGGCUUUUUAUGACUUUUCCAUAAAGUUCUGAUGUUUUUUCGGGACAUUUUUAUGAUUGUCGAGUAGUUUUCAACUUUAUAUUGAUUUUUUUAAAGAAUCUGAUGAUUUAUAUAUCUUUUCUAUAAUUUUGAAGAUUUCAGAUGUCUUUUAAAUUAUUUUUAGGUGAUAUUUUUUCAGAUGACUGAUGGUUAACUUUUGACAUGACUUUUUGAUAAUUUCUUGAUUAUUCAUUGACGAGUUUUUUCUGACCUUUAUAGGGUAACCGCUCCUAUAUUCAUCUCAGUACCUAUAUUCAUCUCAUCACGCCUUUUUGAUCAAUUCAUCGUCAAAUUUUACCAUAUUUUUAAUAUAAAACUUUAAGCCACUUGAAAAAAUCGAGAAGCAAAUAGAUUUACUUUGAAAAAUUUGUAGAAAUUUGACGGUAAACUGGGCAAAUGAGAGAAAUAAGAUGAAUAUAGGUGCACUUAGCUGUUGAGAUGAAUAAUGGAGCGAUAUUUUGAUAUUUUUUCAUAAUCUUUAAUGACUUUCUUAUCAAUUUUUGAUUGCCUUUUGAUGAGUUUUUGACAACAUUUGAGUAGCUUUUUGAGUUUAUUUUGAACAAUUUUCAUGAGUCAAUAUUCGUGGGUCAUUUUGAAGUUAGUUUUGGAUCCAUCACAACUCAUUGUUAGUUUAUUGAUAAGUUUAAAAUUUUCACUUAGUUUUAGCAGCUGUUCAUAAAGUUUUAUCGUAAACUGUACUUUUUUUCGAAAUAAAUUUGGUAUAUGACUAAUUGCAUAGUACAUAUGACAACCGAACAAAUGUCGCUUUGUCAAUAUUUUGGUGACUAUUUUACUGUAAAAAUAGUAAUAAAAACUGUUGCGAAGGCUUACUAACCAAUUUUUCCUUUUAGUUUUCUAGUUGGUUUUUCAUAAUACGAGGUUGUUUUUGUGCAUGUUAUUAUAAUAUUGUAGUUAGCAAUGUUUGGCACUACCCCCUUCACAAAAAAUCCCUGCUUUGCCUUCCUUCAAGCUACCAAUUUGCAACCCUCCCUUGAAAAUCAACAUUUUUUUCAAUUUAUUUUUGUUUCUUUAUUUUCCGAACUAUUCAUGUUUUGUGUCAAUCAAUCUAUAAAAUAAACAAACAACAAAACAACAGCUACAACCUGGAAACGGAUCAGGUGGUAAAUCAUCUACCCUACCAACCAUUAGCGGAUCUGGAGCUGGAAAACAUCGACAUGUUUGCGACGUCGUACACUUAGAGAGGAAGGAGAAAGAAAGACAGUGCUGUUUCUCCUAUGUUUUUUUUUUCUGUUUAGUUUAAACAUCUAUGUAUUUUGUGCCUUUGCUCUGCACCCUCCCUUAUUCUGUGUUAGACGAAAAAAAAAACAGUUUCUGUCAUUUUAGAGUGGUGACCGUGUAGUGUUUAAGUUGAGUUUUAAGUUUCGACCGUAAAAUCGAUGAUGUGUGCUGCUGCCCCUGAAGCAUGCGAAUGUGGUAUGUUUUUUUACACGUGUAAGCCUUCUUUCCUAUUCGUUCUUUCUUUUCUCUUGAAAACCGUGAAUGACGCGAAACAUUGAAUAGAUGUACGAUUAAUGUUAUUUGAUUAAAAUUACGUCCUUUUUCUCUGUAGUUUUAGAUUUAGUUCAGCUAAAAUCAAAAAUUCUGUUUAAGAUAAUGCCUAAGAAUUUCCUUUUCUCCGGUAAGCAUGCGUGCAUUUGUUUCAAGAAUUGUAUUAUGCGUAAGCAGGUAAAAAUAUGUAACAGUUGCAGUAAGAUCUAUUUUUUUCUCGAUGAAAGAUGUGAAUAUUUUUCUUUCUCCUUGUGAUAAACUUUAGAGCGGGCGGGAUUACGAGACAAUUUACUCAAGCGUGUCUGCUAGAUGUUACACACUUAACCGAUUUUAACUAACAGAUUCAGCAGGUCCAAAAAAAGAACAAAGUUACAUACAAUAUUAAAUGGUUUUGAAACUGGUUGCAAACACACAUAGGAUUAAAAUUAAUGUUGAAAAAUAAAAAAAAAACAAUAUUAUACCACAGGGUGUUUUGCGAGCAUCAUUCUCAUACAACGAAACAAGCAUUGUGAAAUGUUGUUAGAAACUAAAGAAACGAAAAAACGUGUCAACAUAAAAUUUUUGUACAUGGAUGUGAAUUUGUAAGAGCCAAAUAAUUUUCAGCUACUGAAAAUGGUGCAAUGUAUGUUUACACAGAUGAAAGCAGUUUAAUUUAAAAAUUUUAAUUUCUUUAAGAAAACAGUUCGAAACUUCAGUUUACGUCUUUCCGUGGUUGAUGUCGAUGCACAUCUCCAUAGUUACCGCAAUACUAUAAAUCACCUCACAUCUCUUACCAUAGAACGGAAAAGACCAUUUUUCUAUGCAUUUCUCAAACUGAAAACACUUUCGAAUAGAAGAAAUAUUUAAAAUUUAUUUUUCUGAAUAAUUAAUGCCAGCUUAGAUAAGGAUAAAUGAAAACACACACACACAUAACUGGGAACCUUACAUGUUUUACGAUUCCCCUCUUCUCUGACAUUUUCUAGCCGUAAGACGAUGAACACGAGUGAGAUGUAUGUUCUGUGUAUAUUUUUCUACUUUUAAUAAACUAAAAACAAACAAACAAACACGAAUUUCAGCUAUUCCAAGAAUAGUGCCAUUACCGAGAAUAUAGAAACCCUGACGAGAGUUUGACUAUGUUGUUGCAACAAGGCGAUAGGAGAGGAAAAAAUAUCAGAUAUCAUCAACUGAAUGUGCUUUAAGAUUUUGGUAUCAAAAUUGCGAAACCGCGCUCGCGCUCGAUGUUUUCGAUUGUUUUUAUUCACUCAAAUUGAUCAAGAGUAACGUAGUUAGGUGAUGGAAAACGGAGAAAUUUUCUAUUUUGAUUAAAUCAAAUUUUGUAUCUGGAAAGUGUAUUUCGUGUAGGACCUAGAUAUGUAUAUAACGCAGAUUGCAGAACGAUUUCCACGCUCCGUUGCUUGGACAGGUUUCAAUAACUCAUGAUAAAAAUAAAAAGAAGAGAACACAAAUGGAGCUAUUUUAAUUGAAGAGCUAUUACGAUUAACGGUACUUAUUAGAGAAAAAAGAAGAAAAACUGGAACAAAGUUGACUUAUUUAUGCAGAUCAAUACUAGACCUGUUUAGAGCGUCAAUUUAGGGUGACCAGUUUACGGUCCAAAUGAAUUAUAAGGGGCAAGAUGAACACGCGCUGUUAAAAACUCUAGUAAGAAAAUAAUUAAUUGCAUACCUGAUAAAAAGACGAGACCACAUUUUAAUGCAUUACUACUAUCCACACAAAGCCGAUUCUUUCGGAGGACAUAGCUACUAAUACCGAUCUGUUUAUAUAGAGUGUCAAUAGUCAGUCAAGAAGCGAUUGAAGCUUUCUCACAUCCAAACGAAACGAAGAAUUACAAACUCUUGUCAAAUGCAGUGAUGUUAAAAGAUAUACGUCCAAAGAAUUCUUAAUUAUACACAAUACAAAAAAAAAUACAGUAGCAAAACUAAUAAACUACAUAAAUCCUACUCUUGAGGUAUGAGACACACAGUCAUCGAACACAAGUAACACUGAAAUAAACACACUCACACCUACAUACACGAGAAUGCCUUUUUUUAGAAUUGAAACUGAAACCAAACUGAAAAAAAAACAAAACUGAAUAUCGUAGGCAAGUCCCACAAGACAAAGCAAAGAAGAAAAAGCCAUCGUUCCCCAUUUGUGUCGCAUCUUCUGAUACGAAUACGAAACACAAAUUAUUAACACUUGAUGAUUACAGAUUGAAUAAUGAAAACAAUUAAAAAUGACUCAUAAUAAAUGUUGUUAAUGAGAAACUUUAAAUACAAAACCAAAUUUUCCCCCCACACUACCUACCACCCUUUGCUUGGGGGGUAAGAUUAUAGGAAAGAACGUGUAAGCGUGCCCGUGUGUCUGAGGAACAUUCCCGUACGCGCGCUCGCGUUCCUCGUUUGGUGCGAAAUUGUUCGCAACGAAACAGUAAAAAAAAUACAGCAUGCAAAGUGUAAGAUUAAAUGUACUGUGCUUAUAUAUAUACACACACACACAUUAAACGAACAGACAAACUUUGAACAAAGAAAACUCCCAAAACCAAAAA